AUGUCUGCUCAACUGAAGCCCCUUGGCGACUGGGUGGACCAGCUCCUUCACACCAUCUUCUUCCAGCCGGACGACAACACUGCCAUCAAAGCUUACACUGAGAGCGUUGACCCGAGCUUCCUCGUUAGGAUCAAUCACGACAAAUACAACUUCGACCAGUACAAGGAAGCGGUCAACAAGGCCCGUGCUCAGAGCGAAAUCAGUCUGCAGAGCACCUCCGAAAUCCUCAAGUGGGACGACGCCGAACAGAAGGGCGGCACAGUGGCCCAACUCACCAAGUUCACCGUCAAGGACAAGGCAACGGGCCAGGAGACCCACAGCACCAGCUUGAUCCUCAGUGCAGUCAGGUGGAUCGACGGCAAGAGGGUCCUGACGGAGAUGACGGAGGUGACUGUGUGA